CAUCCACCCAACCUACGCCUUGAACUUCGCUAAUCGAUAAGACACACAAUGGGUAUAUUUGGAAAAUCAGCGCCUUACCAAGUCAUUUUGGAGCCUUUUGAUCCCCUUAUUGGUUUCAAUGCCUCCUUCUGCAGCCCGAACAUCGAGACGCUGCACAUGAAGGAGAAAUUUUCGAGUUUCAAAGACGUGGAUAUCGCGAUAAAGAACGAGGCUGGACAGCAGGUGCUGACCUGCCAUUGCAAGGGUGGUAGUUUCACCAAUAAGAAAGAGUUUAGAGACGCGCAGGGGACGCCAUUGUUCACCGUUCGGGCCAUGCCAGCGAGUCAGGUGAAGCAGGGCUUUGAGGCAAUGGAUGGUACCCAUCUUUGUACGGCCCUGAAGAAGUUCUCGAUGUCCGCUUUCCGCAUGACAAUCUCCCUCCAAAACCUCGUUGCUGCUGCCUCCAACGCCCAGUCUUCCGAACAUUCGGGCGAGUUGGAGCUUGAAUGCAAGGGAAAUUGGUCUGGAACUUCGGCAACAAUCGCAGUCGCGGGGACUGACAAAGUGUUGGGACAUAUUACGGAAUCGAUGCGAGAUCCGGAUGGAGGAAAAUAUGAUGGGAAAAGGACGUACACGGUGGCAAUUGCACCGGGUGUCGACUACGCCUUCAUGGCUGCGCUAUGCAUUUGUUUUGACGAGGCGUACCAUGAGAGCACAAAGUGAUCACUCCAGUCCUCAUUUCUGCAUAGGAGUACUUAGGUGCUUUCCACCAUCGGAUCCCACAAUCUCACGGGUACAGGCUAUGUUCUCGAAGGAAAGUCGAUGUCUUUGACUGAGAUCUGUAGCGGUAAAUGGGAUAUGUACACAUGCACUCGCAUGCUAUUGAAUGAAACAUCCGUGAAACUUGC